AUUGGAAGUAUGUGUGUGUUUGACUGACGGUACUUUUACUACCGUAGGUGGGUUUUUGCCAACACCAGCCAACAAGAAGAGCCUAUUUACAUUAAAUGGCGUCUCGUCAACUUCACGGGCGGGGGCUCAUUAGCCAUUUCCAAUGAAGAAUUAAACUGGAGUGUUUGACUGACAGAAGCUGUGUCCAGCGAGAGGAGGACUCCGUUUGAGGAAACGAGUGCGAUCUGCCUGUCUGUCUGUCUGUGUGAGAGAAUCUGGAUUUUGGAGCUCUGCAUUGACAGCCACUGUACAACUAUCACACACAGGGCUACUGUCGACCAAUACGAAUUGCCAUCGAAAACCAGAUUCAUUUUGUUCCCGUGCCUGACUGAUGUACUCAACACUGCGAUUUUAAUUUACUGUAUUUUUUUUUUUUUUUGCAGUAAAGAAAGUCUGUCACACUGGCAGAGGAAGGUGCUUUUCAUGCAACAGCAUCUUGUACUUGCAGCAAAAGGACGACUAGUCGAUUAUUUUUACAAUAGUACCGCUUCUUGGAAAUGAAACAACGUUUUUCGUUCAUUGUGCAUUUUCCCUUUGGCGGUGUGUUAAACUAUGUGGAUUGUUAAAACUAACAAGAAAGCGGCGAGUGGAGGUGUCCAGCAACUUGAAUUAAGAACCCUAUCAAACACCGACAACACGUUUUGAUUGUAAUAAACUAGGUUGUGUGAAUAGAUUGUAUACAGUGUUGUUUAUUUUUUUACUGCGAACAUUUAAACCCCACUGUUACAGUGUCAAUGGAGUAAGUUGUCAUAUCACUGAUCAGGCAGGUAUGUGCAACGCAGUUUCCUCUUUUUGGCUUGGAUUAGAUACAGUUUAAUUUUUUUUUUUUUUUUUUUUUUUACUUUUUUGAUUCCUCUUCGUAAAAAAAAAAAAGACUGUUGGUUUUAAAUAUUUUCGACAGCAGUUUUUAAUCGAAAAGAGAAUAUUUUGAUUAGCUGGCCGAGUCACUGACAAUUAAUGCAGUCAGACUAGUGUGUAAAAUCGUUUUAACAUGGGAUUACCACCGAUUAAAUAUUAAAGCGUGCAGUCUGGCUAAUACAAUAAGAUUUAGCCAAUUCACUGUUUUAUGUGAACAUACACAAUUAUCAUAUCACAGACAGAAGCCGUAUUCUUAUGGCGGAGUUUGGGAAGGAGAACGGCGGCGUGGCUUCCUCACAGAUCCCGGGGCAGAAGCCUCUCAACCACGGCGAUGAAGCUGACAGGGACGUGCAGUGUGCAGGCUCGGUUUCAAACGGAGACUGUGGGGUGGGAGACAUGCUUGAAUCGGGAUCUCCAGCCACCCCCGGCAGCCCUGGGAUAGACAUCGCUAACAAUACAACAGCCGGACUGGAGGGCAAACCUGGCACACCCCGUAGGAGCAGCAUCAUUAAGGAUGGCUCACGACAGCGACGAGAGAGAAAAAAGACUGUUUCUUUCAGCAGCAUGCCCACUGAGAAGAAGAUCAGCAGUGCUAGUGACUGUAUCAAUGCCAUGGUGGAUGGCUCGGAACUCAAAAAGGUCCGCUCUAAUGCCAGGGUGUACCAUAGGUAUUUUUUAUUAGAUGCAGACAUGCAGUCGCUGAGGUGGGAGCCAUCAAAAAAAGAGUCUGAAAAAGCAAAGAUUGACAUCAAAUCUGUUAAAGAGGUGCGGACAGGAAAGAAUACUGAUAUUUUUCGUACCAAUGGAGUUUAUGAUCAGAUAUCGGAAGACUGUGCAUUUUCAAUCAUAUACGGAGAAAACUAUGAAUCGCUGGACUUGGUAGCCAACUCUGCAGACGUGGCGAACAUUUGGGUGACAGGGCUGAGAUAUCUGAUCUCUUAUGGGAAACAAACUCUGGACAUAAUUGAGAGCAGUCAAAACACCCUGCGGACUUCAUGGCUGUCCGACCUCUUUUCAGAGACGGAUGUAAAUGGCGCUGGGCAGAUUGCUUUAGGAACAGCUGUUCAACUGAUCAAAACCUUAAACCCGGGGUUGAAGAAUGUCAAGAUAGAGCUCAAGUUCAAAGAAUUUCACAAAGCAAAAGACAACAUUGUCACAAAGGAGGAGUUCAUUGAAGUUUUUCACGAACUUUGCACCAGACCAGAGAUCUACUUUCUCUUGGUUCAGUUCUCAAGCAAUAAGGAGUUUCUGGAUGCCAAGGACCUCAUGAUGUUUCUGGAGGCAGAGCAGGGGAUGGCUCACGUCAACGAGGAUACCAGCCUGGAAAUUAUUCAAAAAUACGAGCCAUCAAAAAAAGGCCAGGAGAAGGGCUGGCUGUCUUUAGAUGGUUUUACCAAAUACCUCAUGUCCCACGAGUGCCAUAUAUUUGACCCUGAACAUAAGAAUGUAUGCCAGGAAAUGCAUCAGCCCCUGUCCCACUAUUACCUGAAUGCAUCUCACAAUACCUACUUGAUAGAAGACCAGUUCCGGGGCCCUUCUGACAUCACAGGAUACGUACGUGCCCUAAAAAUGGGGUGCCGAAGUGUUGAGGUAGACGUCUGGGACGGUCCAGACAAUGAGCCAGUAAUAUACACGGGGCAUACCAUGACCUCACAGAUAGUCUUCCAUAGUGUCAUUGACAUUAUCAACAAAUAUGCCUUUGUGGCGUCCGAAUACCCCUUGAUAAUCUGUUUGGAAAACCACUGUUCCAUCAAACAGCAGAAGGUCAUGUUUCAGCACCUGAAAAAGAUCCUGGGGGAUAAACUCUACACCGAGUUGCCUAAUGCAGAGGAAAGCUAUCUCCCAUCUCCUUAUGCAUUAAAAGGUAAAAUCCUACUGAAAGCCAAAAAGCUUGCGACUAACUGCACCAGCCCAGAGGGAGAUGUGACCGAUGAAGAUGAGGGGGCAGAGAUGUCUCAGAGGGCAGGUAAUGAAGCAGGGGAGCAACCAAAUGUGGUUACCCAGAAGACAUUCCAGCUUUCCAAAGACCUUUCCGACAUGGUUAGCCUCUGUAAGUCAGUCACGUUCAAAGACUUCCAGCUGUGUUUCCAGAAUCAGAAAUACUGGGAAACCUGCUCUUUCAACGAAGUGCUUGCAACUAGCUAUGCCAAUGAACACCCGGGCGAUUUUGUCAACUACAACAAAAAGUUUCUUGCAAGGGUCUAUCCAAGUCCCAUGAGAAUAGAUUCUAGUAACAUGAACCCCCAGGAUUUCUGGAAGUGUGGCUGUCAGAUAGUGGCUAUGAAUUUUCAGACCCCAGGCUUGAUGAUGGACCUUAAUAUCGGCUGGUUCCGCCAAAAUGGCAACUGUGGCUAUGUACUCCGGCCCGCCAUCAUGAGAGAAGAGGUGUCUUAUUUCAGUGCCAACACUAAAGAUUCAGUUCCUGGUGUCUCCCCUCAGCUCCUUCACAUUAAGAUCAUCAGUGGGCAGAACUUUCCCAAGCCCAAAGGUUCAGGGUCCAAGGGAGAUGUGGUGGAUCCUUAUGUUUACGUGGAGAUCCAUGGGAUACCAGCGGACUGCGCUGAGCAAAGGACUAAAACCGUCAAUCAGAAUGGAGACAAUCCCAUUUUCGAUGAGAGCUUUGAGUUUCAGAUCAACCUGCCGGAGCUGGCCAUGGUACGCUUUGUAGUGCUGGAUGACGAUUACAUUGGGGAUGAGUUUAUUGGACAGUAUACUAUUCCAUUCGAGUGCUUGCAGCCUGGCUUUCGCCACGUUCCCCUGCAGUCCCUAACAGGGGAGAUGUUGCCCCAUGCCUGGAUUUUUGUGCAUGUGGCCAUCACCAACCGCAGGGGAGGGGGGAAGCCACACAAACGGGGGCUCUCUGUGAGGAAGGGGAAGAAGUCCAGAGAGUAUGCCACCAUGAGGAUACUGGUGAUUAAAGCAGUGGAUGAGGUCUUCAAGAAUGCAUUGCAGCCUUUAAGAGAAGCCACAGAUCUCAGAGAGAACAUGCAGAAUGCGAUUGUGCCAUUUAAAGAGUUGUGUGGACUGUCGGCUGUGGCCAAUCUAAUGCAGUGUAUCCUGGCACUGUCAACACGGCUCAUGAGUGGAGACAAUACUCCCUAUGUGCUAUUCAACCUCACGGGCCAGUUUCCUACCAUGGAACCUCAAGUGUUGAUCCCAGAGAUGCUGAAGAAGAUUGUGACUGCGUAUGAUGCUAUGAUUCAGACCAGCAAGACUCUAAUUGAAAAUGCUGAUGGGGUAUAUGAAAAGAUAAUGCAGUGCCAGAAAGCAGCCAUGGAAUUCCAUGAGAACCUGCAUGGUAUAGCAGUGAAAGAAGGUCUGAAAGGAAGGAAACUGCACAAGGCCGUGGAGAGUUUUACCUGGAACAUCACUAUUCUGAAGGGGCAGGCAGAUCUACUUAAACACGCUAAAAACGAGGUCCUGGAAAACCUGAAGCAGAUCCACUAUGCGGCCCUGACCUGUGACCUGAGUAAGCUUAGCAUCGGCUCGGCAGAGUCAUGCAAGGCAAGGCGCAGCCUAGGCGCCAUUCCUGAAAAAAUCACUGGAGAGGAAUCUGCAGAUGGGGACAAGGACUCUGUCCUCCAGAGGUCGGUAGCUCGCUGACAUCCGCUCACGAGCUCCUGGGUGAAAAAGGAAGCUGGCUUGGUCGUGGUAUCGCAGGAGGCCCACUGAACCUUUGGGUCUCCUGAGCCAUGUGGGGAAUUCCUGUGGUGAGGAGAAAAGCGAUUGGGCAUUCCAAAUGGGGAGAAAAUCGGGGGGAAAUAAUAAUUUAUAAAAAAUAAAAAAUAAAAUAAAAGAUGACUAACAGUUGCCCAGAAUGCUUUUUUUAGGGGAAUCCUAAAGCACAAUAUGGAAGAUGUUGACCAAAAAGCUGGAGCUAUGAAUGUAGCAGGAUGCAGUGUAGAAAACAAAACAAAAAACGGAAAAAAAGCUAUUUAUAGAAAUGGACUACUCAAUGUUCUGUCUGCCAAAAUGUGUGUGUGUGUGUGUGUGUGUGUGUAUGUAAGGAGUUCUAACUUUACCAGCUCAUGUGAGUUACAAGCUUGUUUUUUCUUUGUUUUGUUUAUUUCAGGUUUAGUGAGAAAAGCUGCUUUUUAAAAGAAUAUAUCAUUAUAUUAAUAAUAAUAAUUUUAAAGAUGUCACGUUUGUCUAAGUGUAUGAUGUGUUAGACAAAGCCAAAGCUGUUACCAACAAUGUCAGGUACAGCCAUGUUUAUAUUGUUUGUCUGUGGUAUGCCUUGUUGAGAAAUCAUGUACCUAAACGUAUUCACUGUGUCUCCCUUACACAAGAACCAUCACAAGAUGUGUUGUACAGCAGAGCAGAAAACAUUUAUUUAAACUAAACCGUCUUGCCGAUACAGUUGCAUAAUAUUUUUAAAAGUUGUCUGAUUUUAAGUUCUUACUAAGGAGGUCAAACUGUAGUAAUUUUUGCCACUCAUUUUUGUGAAGUGCUUAAUGCCCCACGUUUAGCAACCAAAUUAUAAAAAUAAAAACCCUGUAAAGAUAAAUGUAGUACAAGUAGAACAUUUACAGAGUCAUUUGCAGUAGGAAAUACGUUUGUUUUGAUCAGAUUUACAUAAUAAAAUGCAAAUAAGUCUGCACACAAAGAAA